GUCUUCAUCGCCUCGGUGCACCGCAACAACGAGGCCGUCCUUCGGGGAGGAUGGAACCAGGCCCUCCUGUCCAUCAUCGACUACCUCGGGGCCGACAACGUCUUUGUGUCCGUGGUCGAGGGCGGGUCGCAGGACAAGACCAAGGCGGCGCUCCGCGAGCUCAAGCAGGAGCUCGACGAGCGCGGCGUGCCGAACAAGGUCAAGCUGGGCAUGACGGUGUGGCAGCAGAUCGAGGAGAUUGACGCGCGCCCCAGCGCCGAGGCGCCGCACAAGGAGGGCUGGAUCUGGUGGGACGCCGAGAAGCGGUACGACCUGCGCCGCAUACCGUACCUCUCGCGCGUGCGCAACCAGGCGCUCGAGCCCCUGGCCGCCCUCGCCCUCGAGGAGCUCGACAAGGAUGGUGCGGCGAAGAAGACGAAGAAGAAGCAGGUGUUCGACCAGGUCCUGUGGCUCAACGACGUCGUGUUUGACACGCAGGACCUCGUCACCCUCCUGCGCACAAAUGGCGGCGAGUACGCGGCCGCGUGCUCGAUGGACUUCAAGUCGCCCCCUUUCUACUACGACACGUUCGCCUUGCGCGACGACAAAGGGUACAAGACUACUACGCAGUACUGGCCGUGGUUCCAGUCCGGCCGCGCCAGGCGGGCCCUGUGGCGUAGCGAGCCGAUCAAGGUAAAGUCGUGCUGGAACGGCAUCGUCGCGUUCGACGCCACGCCGUUCUACUCGGGAACCAGCAGCAGCAGCAGCAUAAGUAGCAGCAGUGCCCAGCAACCCCUGCGGUUCCGCGGCAUCCCGGACUCCCUGGCCGAUCUGCACCUCGAGGGCUCCGAGUGCUGCCUGGUCCACGCGGACAACCACCUCUCCGCGGUCAAGGGCGUCUGGCUCAACCCCAACGUGCGCGUGGGCUACAGCGCCGACGCGUACAGGCAGGUCCGCACCGACGUCUUCCCGACCGCGUACGAGUCCAUCACGGGCACCUGGCUCAACCGCCUGCUGCACUUCCGCAUGAGGCUGCAGGAAGGGCUCGAGAGCAGCACCGUGCACAAGAGGAUCCGGCAGUGGCAAAAGACCACGCCGGCCGGCGAGCCAAAGAGAUAUGAGCCGGGAGACUUUUGCCUCAUCAACGAGAUGCAGAUCAUGUACCAAAAUGGCUGGAAGCAUAUAUGA